UUUUUUUUUUUUUGCAGAACUCUAGGAGAAGUCUGGAAAACAAGACAGAACUGCCGGCGACUGGGACAAUCAGGGAAAGAGAGAGCAGAGCAACAUCUGGAAGGGGUCCUCACCAUCCUCCCUUCUCGCCAGUCCUGGAGACGGUACAGUGAACCCAGCUGAAGAUGCCGGCCCCCCCUCCCCCACCACCUCCUCCGCCUACCCUUGCAGUGGCCAAUACAGAGAAGCCUGCUCUCAGCAAAUCUGAACUGUCUGGAAGAAAUGCUUUAUUGUCAGAUAUCAACAAAGGCAGAAAGCUGAAGAAAGCUGUUACCAAUGACCGAAGUCAACCAGUUCUGGACAAACCAAAAACAUCUCCUGGAGGUGGUGGUGGUGGUGGAGGUAUGGGAGGAGGUGGAGGUGGUGGUGGUGGUGGCGGAGGAGGGGGAUUUGGAGGACCUCCAGGAUUAGGGGGCUUGUUUCAAGGAGGGAUGCCAAAAUUGCGGUCUUCAGGAAGCCGGGAAAAUGAAUCACCUGGAAACAGACCACCAAUCUUUCCACCUGGUGGUGGGAGAAUACCAUCUGCCAGACCUUUUACUCCACCAAGCAGCUCUCCGAGAGGACCUCCACCUACAAUGGGAAUAAGGGGUCCUGCUCCUGAACCUCAAAGAAACCGAAUGCCUCUACCUCCCAGGAAUGAUUUUAAUUCUAGGUCAGAAAAUGUUCCACCUGCAGUACCCAAUACACCUAGACCAAUUAGCUCAAGUCUUCACAACCGAGGACCUCCACCAGUACCUUCUGCAAAUAGGCAAGUUAACUCACCACCUGUUGUUCCAUCUGUGUCAUCUAAUAAAGUGCAUAGCUUUGUCGGAAACAGCAGACAAUCUCCAUCCAUGCCUCCACCAAUUCCAUCCAUGAAUAGACCAUCACUUCCGCAAACGCCUAGUAGACCAGUGGAUGAUAGACCACCUCCUCCUCCUACAGGAAACCGACCACCUCUUUCCAGAGAUUUCCCCCCUCCUCCACCACCUCAAAACAAUAAGCCACCUGUUCCCAACACACCUAGACCGAAUUCAGCUUCCCAGGCACCGCCCUUACCUCCUGGGAGGCCUGGGCCUCCUCCUUUACCACCAACCCCUUCUAACUUUGAUGAUAUGCCAAGACUUCCUCAAAGAAAUGUAUCUUUGACACCUUUGCCUGCUGCACCACCACCCGUCCCUCCUCCUGCACGGUCUGGACCACCACCUCACCCACCUUCAAUGGACAGGCCACCACCACCAGUAAGAGAGCCAUCAGGAAGAUCAGGACAACUUCCUCCUCCGCCUCCUCCUGCCAACAGAAAUGGAUUUGGUCACCGAGGGUCCAUAGGCCUUCCAUCUCCUUCAAGACCUGGAAUAGAAUCCCCUAGAAGUGGAGCCAGACCCCCGCCGCCUCCAGAAAGGCCUGGCCUGGGACCUCUGCCUCCUCCACCUUCAUCAAUGAGAAAUGGUUUCCAAGACUCAUAUGGUGAAGAUGAAUGGGAGCGAAGGUUUUCAUUUCAUCCGUUUUCCGAUCUGCCACCACCAGAGCCCUUUGUACCAUCAAAUAAAACCUACCCUAGUAAAAUUCUGAGGGGCGAAAGUCGAGGUGGCUCUACCAGAAAAGAGAGAGGUGCUCCCCCUUUGCCUCCAAUACCCAGGUGAACCAGAUCUUCAACCGCCAAAGAUGCCUGUACAGAUCAGAGAAGGAACAUUUAGCUUUUAUUUGAUGCUCUUGUCGGAAUUUUUGUCAGGAAAAGACCACAUGGGACCAUGUGGGUGGCUGUGUAUGGACCUUACGGCAUACAGGUGCAUUGUACUAUCUGGUGAAGCUUGUUACCCACCGCCGACCGCGCUGAUUGUGCCGUUAUCCUGAGCAAAAGCAGCUGGGGAGAAUGUACCCAA